AUGUCGUAUCCAUACAUUCUGAUCUUUUCCACUCCACAAGGUAAGCAUCUUAACUUCCAUAUCACCUAUUCAUUCAUUCUAACCUUGCUUUAUCUACCCGUUUUUGCAGGCUGUCAGCCCGAGCUGCAGCUCAUGUACGCAGCCAGUCUAGCUAACUUGGUUAGGAAAGGCGAAGUUACGAAGGUCUUCGAGAUUCGCGAUCUUGACGAAAUGGAUGAAGAGUGGCUCGAAAAUGAAAUGAAGAUUUUCCGCUAA